UAACUUAUCUGUCUAACGCUUUGACGUUAAUGAAUAAACAUGAAUUUGUUGCGUAAGAACCAGAAUGACUCGCAAUGCGUGCUACCUAGUAGAAGGAAUGAAAAGCUGCUGGUGCCAAACAGGUUGAUUUGUAAUUAUACGAAAAGGACUACCGGGUCGGAAAUGACGGUCUGCCUGCAGCCACAGAGCCUGCAGGAGCUGGUGAUGGCUGCUGUGGUGACCAAUGUGUGUCAGAGAGUGCGCCAAUUUCUGGCAGGCUUUUCUCAGCAUGGUUAUAUCCUCAAAAGGCUCAUCCCCAAGCGGACUAAGAUGCCUCCAUCAUCACUCAAGCCACUCCAUGAAUUCCUGUACAGCAACCUACCUCCAGUCCUGUGUGCCCAACUUUGUGAAGAGCUGUUGGCGGCAUUUCAGAAUCUGACUCGAGAAGAAGCUGAAGCGGGUGUUGGUAAAAGUGGGUAUGGGGAGGCACGGUGGCAGCUGAUGAAUGAUGUGUUGGAGGCCCUGCUACAUCCCCAGCUAUGGAACCUGAACCUCUCCCUGUGGCCCUCAGCACUUGCAUCCACUUUCUACAGGAAUGUGCGCAAGCUGACUGGUCUGAAGCGACUUGGGCUACAAGGAGCACUCCGCCCAGAUGCGUGGCUGCCGGAGUGCCUGCCAGGCCUGCGGACGCUAGUGUCUGUGGACCUGCGCGAGAGCGGCUCUGACCUGCUGGUGGCUGCCCUGGCCCGAAACUGCCCGAUGCUCGCAGAGCUCCACUUGGCAUGGGCAGAGGCCGUCACCGACCGGGCAGUGCCUGCGCUGCUGCAGAUGCGGAGCCUGCACUGGCUCGACAUUGGUGAAACUGGCAUCAGCAUCUCUGGUGUUUCUGACCUCAUUAGCGGUCUUCCAUCUCUUUAUGAAAUUGCAGUUGGUGUAGAUCUUCCUCUCGAGCCCAUCAUAAUCUGCCAAUCACAGUGCAGACUGUCUCUGCAACACCUGAAGCUGGUGGAAACAAGACGCUUGGAAGAAGUCCUUGCAAAGACUCCUGAUCUAACCCGUCUGGAGCUGAUCGCUCCUCUCUGCAGCUUAACACCCCUCUCGACUCUACCGUACCUUACUGACCUGCGCCUCGAUCUGUCACCCCUGCCUCCACAACCGAACAACGCAGUGGAGGCUGUGAGGACAGCGAAUGCAGGGCGGCUGCAGCACCUCACACUGGCCGGCUGCACUGCAGUUGACCUGCCUGCCUUGAUGUCUGAGUGUCCACAGCUGCACUCACUCCAUCUGAUGCAUUGCAGUUUCGCAGUCCCUGAACAUAACCAGGAAUGGAUACCAUCAGUGGUGCAGAUGCCCAACCUACAGGAGCUCACGCUGUCCACUCUACAGCAGGUGCAGGUGUGGUUCAUACUGGAACACCUGCUGCCGGCAGCACGGAUGAGCUUGCGCCACCUUACAGUUGACACAGUCAUGGUUCCAUGCGUAGGGUCACACCGACUUGGUAACCUAUUACUGGCUGCUCCCCUGCCUGCUAUUGAGACACUUGCACUUCGUGGAAAGAUCUUGCUGACUGCUAGCACACUUCGCCACUUUGCCAAUACAAACCCAAGUCUCAGAUCAUUGGGACGUGUAGAGUUUUGGGAUCGAGUCACCAGUGAAGAUUUGCGUUAUCUGCGAGAAGACCUUUGUGGUGCUAAUAAGCGUCUGACUAUUUUAUAGCUGUAAGAGCUGUAAUUUCAGAAACAAAUUGUUUAUUUUUUUAAACAGCACUCUUUCUUGUUGGCAUAUAUUUAAUAUCAAUAAAUUUCUGGUGACUAGAUGGUUUUACGUGUGUUGGAAUGUGCCAGUUUUGGGUGGAGAGUGAGGGGAGGGUUGAUUGUUACCAAAAAACAUGCGACUGGAUUAGCUACAAAGCUUGCAAAUUUUAUUGUGUCAUUGCAUUUUAUUUAUGUACUGAAUGGUGGUUGUCAUUAUUUUUUUACAAGUUUAUCAUAGGAGAAAUGUGUCUUGUGUAUUACAACAGUGAGUAGUACUGACCUUUUGUGUCAUUCAGACAUGAAGAAGAAAAAAGCAAAUGUGAAUAAAUAAAAUACCAUGAAAUAAUUGACUAUGAUAUUGGAAUUGUGAUCACUACUGAACUUCCUUGCUUUAUACAAAAUAUCUGUUAUCAAUGAGUGUUUAGGAGGAUACAUCCACAUCAUGUUGGAGAAGAAGUAAGAAGAAUUUAUUUGUUGAGGUGCUCUAUGUUACGUCUUAGGUAAAAAGAAGAUUCAGUAUUAAAUAUGUGCAUUAUGUGCUGAUAAGCUCUAACUAACUAUUUAACUAACAAACAACAACAAAAUCUAUCAAUUGAUCAUGGUGCAUGCUUUCACCAGUACAACAGUGGAAGGAAGUGCUCCUCACUACAAUUUGAUAGGCAGUUCUAUUGAUCUGUGUUGUGUAUGAUAGUUCUAUUGAUCCAGCAUAUGCCAUACAGGAAGACUCACCAAUAUAUGAUGUUUUUAAUAAAUGGCUACCUGUGUUUUAUUUGGUGACACGAAGGCAGUCCACAGAUUUCCCGAGGGCUUGUCAUCAGUUUUAUUUGAUGAAAACAAAUGUUGUGAUAGUAAUUUCUUAACCUGUUAAGGCAGAUGUUUUAAUCUCUAGUAAAGUAACUGACCUAUUUUUCCUGAAACAAUCAGUCAGUCCCAUUUGUUUGGAGUAUUUUAUCAUAGUCUGUUAUUUGUUUUUCUUUUACAAUACACACACACACACACACACACACACACACACACACACAUCACAUUAAGAAAAGUAAAUCCAUCUGAUGGAGGUUUAAACCUUUGAAACAUGCCGUGGAGAUUAAUAAACUGUGACUGGUAACAGUAGACUUGUUAUUUCAUUCACACUGUGGACAGAGGUCCGUACAGUCUUGUUCUGAAUGGAAGUAGCAUUCCGGUCAACGGAAAACGAUGACAUCAGGGCACGAGGUAGUUUUGCUGGGUAGUCUCCCAUCACUAACAGCCGCAUACAUGGUGACAGAUGGCGCAGAUGGCACAAAGAAGAUGCCUACCAUACUCCCUGUGGUGGAGGGCCAUAGGAAUAAUAGGCACAGGACAAUCACAAAUUGAUAACGGCUCGAUGGCUUAAUGUGAAUCGUUCUGUUGUUUCUUGGAUGCUGCGACAGGUCAUGCAGACCAAAACUGUAUUUGGAAGACUGGAGCACGGUCGAUCAUGUGUGAUAUCAGAAAGAGAGGACCUUUAUUUGGCUGUAAGGGCACGAUGGUACCACCUUACUACUGCACAGCAACUGGCAUCUGACCUCGCAGCAUCCGAUGGACACGUUGUAUUGAGACAAACAGUGUACAGAAGGUUUUGGCAGAUUGGCCUUUAUUGUCAGAGACCUGCCGUAUGUGUACCUGUGGCGCGUCUUCCCACAAGGGAACGUCUAGAGUGGAGUCAUCAACAUGCCGCUUGGAUGAUCGAACAGUGGGUCAAUCUUCUUUCCACAGAUGAGUCCCAAUAUAGUCUAGAGAGUGAUUUUUGACAGAUUAACCUAUGAAGGUAACGGGGAACAUGACUUUGGGACACAAACAUUGUGGAAAGAGAGCAAUAUUGAGUGGAUUCGUAAUGGUGUGGGCAGGCAGGGAUUAUGUUGACCACUUGAACACCUCUUCAUGAAAUGGUACAGGUGAAUCAGCAAGGUUUAGCCGAUGUCAGGUAUCGUGACAAGAUCUUGAGUCCUCAUGUGCGGUUGUUGUAAGGUGCUGUGGGAGCAGACUUCGUAUUGAUGGAUGAUAAUUCUCAACCUCAUAAAGCACAGGUGGUUGAUGUUUUCUUGGAAAUGGAAGAUAUUGCACACACAGCGUGGCCCACUCACUCUCUCAAUUUGAAUCCCAUACAGCACACCUGAGAUGCACUAGGGAGAUGGGCUGGCUGCAUCACAUAAACAUCCACCAACCACGCUCCAAGAUUUGGGAGGAGAAGAAUGGGUGUUAUUGACUCAGUGUGAGAUUGAUGACAUCAUUCACAAUGUAUCCCAUCAUUGUGAGGCCUGUAUUGCUGCCAGAGUUGGUCAAACCCCAUACUGAGCAUAGUAACCAGUUAUCGGAAUGUGUGUGCAAAUCCGUCAAGUUGAAAAAAAUGAAGAGUAGUUUUGUCUACCGUGAUCCAUAUUGCAGUUAAUUAUGUUCUAUAUUUUUUACAUUGUUUCUACUUUACUGUCACCUGUUCACAUUGUUUUGUAGCAAAAUAAACACAAACCUGCAAAAUUUCCAUUUGUUGCUCUAAUUUUGGACACCAGUGUAUUUAUCUCAGUCCCCCAACAGCCAUAUAAUUUUUCAUACUAGAUAUUAUACACAUUUAAUUCAUAAAAGUUUUAAAUUGUUAAAUGUGAGACC